GAGUAGUCGUCCAAUGCAUUCUGACCUUACCAAUAUGGCGGAUUUAAGAGGUCGACAACUUCCGGUCGUGCCUCCAAAAUACUUGUGUUGACCUUCCAUCAAUGGCGGACUACUUUUGAAAUUUGCUGAAAAAAAAAACAUUUAAUAAAGGUAAGGUAACGAAAGGGGCAACUAUAUUGUCUUUGGGCUUUCCGUAACAAGUGCCGGGGACUCCUUGAGCAGUAAAGCCUUCAUUAUUGUGGAGCAGUUAUAAGGUUUUCACGACAGCCAGCGGCCAAAGGUACACCAAGUAACAGCUGCUAGAGACUCGCUAGCUUGGGGAGAAAUUUCGUCACCUACCAAGUACUUUUGUCUUUUUUUAACUAAUGCACAAAUUCAUUAACACUUUCUCCUACUAUUGCUUGCAAGGUGACCUCUAAGCUUAAAAAUAUCGUUGAGUUUGGGACUGUAAUAGUAAAGCUAUUAAAGUAGGUCAACAGUAACCGUGCUUCAAACAGUAAAGUGUGCAAACAGCCCACAUUGUGUUUAUCUCAAGUGUAGGUUGUUUUCCUGUCUAUUCUUAGAUGAUUGAGAAAACAAAUCAGUCCACACAAUAAUCUCAUCAGCCCUAACCAGGUCAGAUCAUCUCUGUUUCUUGCUCAUUGCCUCCACAGGAGACAAGAGGCUCUAUCUGUCAUGGCUGAGAGAGGGGCAGAGAUGGAGGAGGACAUGGGGGAUAUGCCAGCCAGAGAUGGUGAUAAUAAUGACUCAGAUGGAGAUGAAGAUGACAGACUGUUUGCGUGGAUGGUAAUUGAUGAAAUGGAUGAGGUUGAAGAUGAUGAAGAGAUAGAGGAGGAGGAGGUGGAAGAUGAACAGCCUUUGGACACUGAGGCAUCAGAGUCAUUUGAGUUGGAUACUCCAGCUGAACGAAGUGGUCACAUAGCAGUUAUAGAUAGAAACAUCAUGUAUGUGUGGGGUGGAUACAAGGUAAGGAGUUUGUCAGAUGUAUGUCCGAAGAUUUUAUCACAUUUGUGAAAACUUCCUUUUGCCUGCGUGGAUUUAAAGUGCAUCUUAUCCUUCUUUUGUGCAAGAAUGCCCAAAAUCAUGGAUUUUUUGACCUGUAUCUACCAAGAAAUGAGAUUUGGACAUACAACAUGGAGUCAGCAGUUUGGUAAUAACCACUGAUACUCAUUUUCAUGUGCCUAAACCUGUCACAAACACUUUAAACCAGACAUAAAAACCCAGUUUUUCACAGGACAAAGCAUGUUGCUGGAGGAAACCUGCACACAUCUAUGUCAGGCAGCUGUGGGGUGUGUGUUGAUGGCGUCCUCUACCUUUUUGGAGGUCAUCACGCCAGGGGGAACACAAACAGGGUACAGCUGAUCUGUUAAAUCAAGACACACUGCUUGCAUCAUGUUUGAACAGUAAAUAUUGAGAUGGGUCAGGCUUCUGUUUAGUGUUUUUGAUCACACCUCGGGCCUCUCUUGUUCUCCGCUCUGCAGAUCUACCGCCUGCCUCUGAGAGCUCCUAGCCUCAUCUGGGAGGAAAUGAGGGAUUUAAAAGGACUACCUCCAUCCUGCAAGGACAAGCUAGGAUGCUGGGUUCAGAAAAACAAGUGAGCGACAUCUGCUGUGUUCUUUGUUGAUGGGGCUUUUGUCCUUUUCCAAGAACUGGGUCAGACUUUGGCUCUGGUACAUAUGGCCAUAUUUCAUAACUUGUCAUCGUAAAUAGAGUAACAUUAGCUAGCUAAUAAUGGAGACUUUUUUUUGCAGUGGAGGAGGCCUCAGAAGUGCAGGAGUGCAGUAGGCAGGUCAUUGCUUAAGUGAAGAUUUUAUGGGUUGAAAUUAGGGUUCACAAAGGCACCAAUCUGAGAUAAGUGAAGGAUUUUAAAGCUGUAAAUCAUGUAAAACCACUACAAAGCUGUGAAAAGGAUGAUUUAAAGCCUAAAAAUAAGCAUAAUAACCCCUGUUAAAACCAAGGUAAGAGGAGAGGCCUUACAAGGACAGUGGCUUAAAUGAAGCGUCUCAAGCAGAGGCUGUAAUGAGGGUUUUCAAAUAGAGCAGCCUGAAGUAUGUCAAGAAUUUGUUAAACUGUAAAUUAAGUGAAGCUGCUGAGAUGCUACCAGAGGGACAAUUUAAAGACAAACUAAACAUAAAAGCCCUCUUUAAGGAAAUAAAAGUCUUUAUUUAAAGUCACCUAAAAACUUGAGACAUAACACUGAAACUGUGCUUGAGUGGCCGUCUCAAAGUUGGGUGACAUUUGUGAAAUUAAAGACACAUUUCAAAUCAUUUAAUGCAGGAAUAAAAAGAUGAUUUUCACACAUGUGAUUUUGUUUAAAUGAUUUGGUUAAUUGAAAAUAACAGAGCUAUUUGAGCUUGAACACAUAUGUAGUCAGAUGAAAUCUGUCUGUUAUUAUUUCCACAGACUUAUAUUCUUUGGAGGCUACGGCUACGCUGCACAGGGAUCUCAUCGAGGGACUUUUGAAUAUGACGAAUCAUCCUCUCUUGUGGUCUGUAAACUGAAAUACUCCCCUGAAAGUCUACCCUAUGAUUGAUGUUAUUCCAAAGGAGCAUUUAUUGUCUUCAGAGAAAGUUUGUAACAUUUUGCUUAAAACAGUUUGUUUCUUGCCGCUGCAGUGGGACAGCCCAGGGCGCGGCUGGAACAACCACAUCCAUAUCCUGGACCUGGAGACCUCUACAUGGAGCCAGCCAAUCACUACGGUAAACAAAGUGCCCAGACUAUCACAUGCAUAUCCUUACAUGGAUUGCCCACAAAAACACACACACAGACCUGAUGUGCUUUUACCAAAGAAAUCUGUCUUUCUUCUCCACUGUCACAUACACGGAUACGUUUUUAACACUGUCUAUUUCCUCUGUUUUGUUUUUUUCUCUGAUGCAGGGCAGCACACCAUCACCCAGAGCAGCUCACACCUGUGCCACAGUUGGUAACAGAGGUUACGUGUUUGGAGGACGAUAUAAGGUAAGAAAAUAAAACUUAAAGAUGUGGUGGUUUUCGGUCUCUUGUUUACUCAAAUAAUAAAGACUGCAGAGAAUGUCAAUGUCAGCUGUAUUUAUAUAGCACAUUUAAAAAACAGCCAGUGGCCUACCAGAGACAGUAAAAACAAUAAAAACUAUAAAUGCAUAAAACAUAUAAAAACAUAAAACAACAAUAUAGAUAAAUAUAGCAAAUAGAUAAAAUACCCAAUAAAAGUAGCUAUACUUCCCCAAAAGCUUAAGUGAACAGCUGCGUCUUCAGAAGUGUUUUAAAAGUGGAAAGACUGUUAGCAGUGCGCACUGUCAGGGGUAAAGCAUUCCACAAAGUGGGAGCCACGACAGAAAAUGCUCGAUCUCCUUUAGAUUUUAAAAAGGAUCGAGGAACGUCUAAAACCACCUGAUUAGCUAACCUCAGGGCUCUGGAGGGCUGGCACAGUUUAACAAAGUCGGAGAGAUAUUCUGGGGCCAGCCCAUUCAGAGACUUAAAAACAAAUAAAAGAAUCUUUAAAUCGAUCCUGUACCUAACAGGGAGCCAGUGAAGAGAGGCAAGCACCAGAGUUAUAUGGUCCCGCGUUUUGUACAGCCCUAUACUCUUACCUGUGUCUUCCUGUUUGCAGAACUACAGGCUGAAUGACCUGUACUACAUCGACCUGGACACGUGGGAGUGGCAUGAAAUGUCAGUGCUUUUCUUUUCAUUCUCAAAAAAUUAAGUUAAAUAAAUUUGCCAGAAAAUGUUCAUAUUUGGACACAGAAGCUCAAUAUUUGUCAAAAGUUAUUUAUCAGUUAAUCAAGUGGGUAUUUCUUUCCCUACUUAUCCACCCUGAUCCUUGCUGUCCGGUUGUAGGAGCGUUCCUCAACCAGGUCCUGUGGGCCGGUCUUGGCACUCCUUCACCCCUGUGUCAGCAGACCACAUCUUCUUAUUCGGAGGUUUCACCACAGAAAGAGAGACGCUGAGUGAGUUGGUUCGAAUAAUGUUUAGAUGAUCUCAUCCACUUCAAAAUGAUCCCUGUUCUCAUGACGCUGAUUUCUGUUUGUCAGGUGACGCCUGGCUGUACUGCGUGAGCAAAAAUGAGUGGAAGUCUUUCAAACACGGCCACAUUGAGAGACCAAGGUAAAGGUGUUUUAAAGUUUUAGUGUUUGUGUGUAAAGUUUCCGCUUUGAGGCUCAGCCCCGUGAUGUGUAUUUCAGGCUGUGGCACACAGCAUGCGCCGGUCCCGAUGGAGAGGUGUUCGUGUUUGGUGGAUGCGCUAACAACCUUUUAUCUCAUCAAAGAGCUGUGAGUUUCAAGUCAUAUCUCGGUACAUCCCUUCUCUGUUAAUGUCAAAACUGUUCGUGUGAUUUUGAGUCCUUGUCCAACUCCACAGGCUCACAGCAACGAGCUCCUGGUGUUCAACGUCCAGCCCAAAUCCCUAGUGAGGUGAGUGUCCAGAAGCAAAGCAAAGCUGCAACACAGAAUCACGUCAUGGUUUGUUUUUAUAUUUCCCUGUCUCCUCUUUGUAGAUUCUGCAUUGAAGCUGUUCUGCAGCACAGGGAACAUUUGUCAAGCUACUGGGACUGCUUACCGAAGCACCUCCUGCACAGCCUCAAACAGAGGAUGUCACGUGUCACCACAUUGGGCUCAUAGGUGUCAAUCGAGGAAAACACAACUAUGUAUGUAAGGACAAGAAGAACGCCGUGUCAGGCGGGUGGUCCAUUUUAAAGCAUCAGCUUUCAGUGUGGAUACUUGCAUACAUUGAAAAAUCUUUAAGCAAUAGAGAACAGCGGUGAAACUGUUAAAAAGGUGUUCUGACUAGCACAGGAAGGACCACACCUGUCCUCCAGGCUGUUUAUUCUGUUAAUUUUCAUCCACACUGUACUUGGAGAAUCUUUUCUGUGGCAUAGUAGUAGAGGUGAUGCUUCACAUGUGAGCAAAAUCUUCAGCUACCUUUGGGUUCUUUUUUAUUCCUCUUUGUAGUCAGGAUUUAAACAGGAAAACCCACCUGCAUAUUUCUGGAGUACCUGUGAAGAAAUCCUUUGAAAGAGAUUGUGUUGUAUUGAGGCAAGUGGGGAAAAAUAACUUAAGGGUGUUAAGAGUUAAGUUUUAUUAAUUUCCUGAAGUCUCUUUCCUCCUGAAAACAUCCUGUAGGUAACCCAGCCAGCCAGUCAAGGAGAGUUUUGUCCCUUCAAACCAACACCGUAGUCGCUUAUUUGCUAAAACUGUGGUCUUCACUGAUUCUCUCCAAAACUUGACCAACUUAAAAUGUGUCUUAACUCUGAACGCAGAGCUGCUGGGCUGAACAGGUUUGCUAAAAUGGUGCAUGUUUUACUUUUUACUGCUUGUUAAUUUUAGCGAUUCCUUCAACUAUUGGGCACAGCCUCGAACACAGAUGCUAAAUCUACGAGGGUUUCAAUUCUCACAGACCUAAAACUAGUGCUUUGUUAUGUAAGAAACCACAAAAAUGUUGAUCUUUGCUUUUAUUUAUGCAUUUUAAUUUAUGUAUUUGUGAAGAAAUGUGACUUUUUUCUUUUCUAUAAAGGGGCUGUCAAAGCGUUAAAAUUCUCAUGGGUGGCUCCUGUAGCAUUUUGAUUCUAUCAAUACCUUACAAUGUGAGCGUGUCGGAUGUUGAACCACGUUGCACUGAAAUGCCUAAUGUCAGUGGGGCUUUGUUUGUAUUUGCCUGGUUUGCACAAGUUUUCUUGGUGUUUUUUAUUGUAGAAUAUAUUGUGUCAUGUUACUUUGUACUUAAAGAAUAAACACAUACUAUAAGUG